UUCACUUUCAACUAGCCAACCAUGAAGAUCGUUAUCCUGCUGACUUUGGUAGCGAUGGCCAUCGCUCAGGACAGCUAUCCCACCAAGUACGACAAUAUCGAUGUGGAUGAAAUCCUCAAUUCGGACCGCCUCUUCAAGAAUUACUUCAACUGCCUGAUGGAUGCUGGUCCCUGCACUGCCGAAGGAAACGAACUGAAGAAGUAUCUUCCGGAUGCCGUUUCGACUGGAUGUAAAAAAUGUAGCGACAAGCAACGUGACCUUACGGCCAAGGUGGUCAAGUCUUUGAUCGAAAAGCGUCCGGAUGAGUGGACGGCCCUCCGAGGAAAGUACGACCCCGAUAACACCUUUGUCGAGAAGUAUCGCGACGAAGCAGCCAAGUAUGGUAUCAAGCUGUGAAAAAUAAUUCAACAUCGGAUCCAGUGAAAAUGACAAAAUCUAUAUGAUUGUAGUUCCUUCGUAAUUUUCGGAUAUUUUGGCAUGGGAUUUACCGUUGUGUUGUAUUUUUUUUAUGAAAUUUGAUGAAAA